AUGGGACCAAAACUUCUUGCAGCCCUCUUUUCUUUGGUCGUUACGACUAUCGCCAUACCGGUGGAGCCAGAGAUUGAAGCCAGGGCUGUCAAUUGUAAAAUCGUUGAUGCCGUCAUCAACUAUUUCACCCCCUAUACUGCUCAGGCCAGCUCGUUCUGCUCUGCCUAUCUGCAGACCACUGCAACCGUCUCAGUCACUACAGGGAAAGUCACCGGAACUGUGACGGUCACGCAAUACUCGACCGCCGUCAAUACCUUCGUGAAGCGAGACACCUCAGUUCCGCGGCCAACCUGGUUACCCAAAGCCAUAGCUGCUAACCUGGUGUCCUCCGCGUGCUCGUGCUAUAUCACUCCGCCGCCUGCUAAGACGACGAAAACCACAAUCACCACAGGCACGACAACUGUCACUGUCAGCAAAAGCGCUGCCGCCACACAGACCGUCACAGAACCCAUCUAUUGUGGUGUGGUAGGGGUCAUAUAUGAAUUCGAUAGCGAGGGCAAUCCUGUCUACUUGGCGAGCGGAGGGGGCUAUACGUUACAACAGUGCAAGGCCCUUUGCGUCAGCGAGCCCGCAUGCCUCACCUUCAUUUACGACGACGACGGGACAGGCGCGUGUACCACGGUACCUUUUACGAUUGCUGGACACUUUGACCCAGGUUCGUCGCUCGAAAUCACCGAACAGUACAAUUAUGAUCGAAAUUGUGCCGUCUGA